AUGGGAAAUUCUUACGCUGGCCAACUGAAGACAACCCGUUUUGAAGAAGUCCUCCACAAUUCUAUCGAAGCAUCGCUGAGAUCUAACACCCUCGUCCCCAGACCCAUCUUCUCUCAGCUUUACUUAGAAGCAGAACAGCAGCUGUCCUCUCUGGAUGGUGGCCGAGCGGACAAUGAUGAUGACGAGGAUGAUGAUGAUGGCUCCGGAUCGAACAGCCCACCACUAUCAUACCAGAAUAAGCCUCCUCCAGAAGGUUGUUGUACAACUGACGGUUUUUGCCAGGCUGGUAAAGAUUUGAGACUUUCCUCGAUGCCGUCAGAUCACUUUGAAUUGCCUCCCGGGUUCUUAUUGGUCGGCGCGAAGUCUCCCAGCUUACCGGAUCAAAUUUUAGUUUGCGCCGUCGAUAAAAGAUUUUUGCCGGACGAUAACGGGCGCAAUGCACUUUUAGGUUUCUCUGGUAACUGUGUUGGAUGCGGAGAGAAAGGCUUCCGAUACUUCACGGAAUUUUCCAAUCACAUUAAUCUCAAGUUGACGACCCAGCCGAAGAAGCAGAAGCACCUGAAGUAUUACCUCGUGAGGAACGCACAGGGGUGUCUGGCGAAAGGAGCCCCCAUCUCCUGGAAGGAGAUGAGAAGCCGGCACUCAUCCUCCAGCCUGUGCUCCAGUACUGGGCUCAGCACUCACGAUGUAACGGCCAGGGCGAUGGAUCCGAUCACUGCAGCAAAUCCGCAAGCGUUUGGUGGAAAUCCGCUUACAGGCAAUUUAACAAAUUCUGGCCCUCCCAAAAAGCGCCUCAAAGGCUGGUCCCCAGAGUCUCCAUCUUCAACAGACACCAGCUAUCAGCAAAACAGCCUGCUUAACGCCAGCGGCUUUGGAAAAGACUAUAGUCCAGGUCAGGCCUACGCUCCACAGCCCACCCCAGGGUCUGGACUCCCGUCAUCUACCAUGGUGGCCACAGGGGAACCUGUAUCGGUGCCAGAAAACCUGCUGAAAACAUGCAUGACUAAGCCAGUCAUCUUUAAAGGUCAUGGAAACUUCCCUUACCUCUGCGGUAAUGUCAACGAUGUCACCGUCAGCCACCUCUUACACAAUUGUUACAGAAACUCUCAGUCUAUGCCCAAAGCGUACGGACAGUACGGACCCAGCUCCAUACAGCCCAUCUCAGAAGAAAUGCAGCUCUUGCUUACCGUGUACUACCUGGUACAGCUGGCUCCAGGCCAGGUGCCUUUAAUAGAGGAUUUAGAGCAGAUAUUCAUGCGUUCGUGGAGGGAGACGCACCUUGCGGAGAUUCGCCAGUAUCAGCACAGCGUGUCCCAGUCAUUCCCUCACUUCCCGAGCCCCAUAACCCCGGUGACGGCCGCUCAGCUCCCGUGGCUGGCUGGCCUCGCCGCCAGUUCUUGCAACGAAAGCGUCAGGAUCAUGGAAUGCGGCUACUCGUUAGCCGAGGGGCUCUCUGAAAUGUUUAAGCUGCUGGUGGAGGGGAAGCUGUCUCAGACAAACUACGUGGUCGUUAUCUGCACUUCAAGACACACCGGCAUUGACUCCUGCGUGGUAGUAACAGGGAAGUUCCAAGCACGGAUUUUAGCAGAAAACAUGUUUUCACCAGCUGAUUGCCUGAAAGAAGUUAACCGUGAAUUAGUGAGCGGAAAGGUGGAGGCGUUGGGGGCAUAUUUCACCGCUUUGUGUUCAGAUGACGAUAUAGAUGUUCUACUGGAUAAUUUCCACCAAGAGCGCCAAGGAGCCAUUUCUUCGUCAACUACAGAGACCAAGCCUUCAACUUGUUCCAGCUAUAGCGUGGAGUGGCACCAGAUCCGUCCAUCGCAGCUUGCGGUGGCUCAGAAGCUAUUAUCCCAUGUGUGCUCCAUAGCGGACUCCAGCACUCAGAACCUGGAUCUGGGAUCCUUUGAGAAAGUAGAUUUUCUUAUCUGUGUCCCUCCAUCAGAGGUUACAUAUCAGCAAACCCUGUCCUAUCUCUGGAACUCAGGUGUCCUACUAGAAGUCGGUCUUGAAAAAGAUCAACUCACAAAGCAAUGUUUGGAACAGUACAUCAUGAAACUGGACGUUGAUUCACCGGGCAAAUUCAAGACGUUCAUUCAAAGAGCCAUCCAGAACCCCCACACCUUGUGUGUCCUCAUUAAUGACCAUGCCCACUGGGAUCUCACCAGCUCCCUUUGCAGCCCUUAUCCCCCGAGUGACUCCCCCGCGGGGCUUGUGGAUAGAAUGCUGAACUGCAGAGAGGUUACGGACGCCCCGAACAUUUUGGUUUUGCACGUGACGUCCUUCCCGUACGCCCUGCAAACACAAAACACCCGCGUCAGCCCUUAUAAUGAAAUACACUGGCCUUCGUCGCACAGCCAUGGCAUGGAAUUGUAUUAUGAAAAUAGGAAGUACUUCGGCUUGUCUGAGUUUGUCGAGUCCACGGUCUCCGGACACAGCCUCCCAUUGCUACGCCACGACAGCUCCUUUGAAGCCAUUGUGCUGGCUUUAGGAAAAAGGUUUUCCAAGGUUCACAGCGCAGUCAUCCGGACGUUUCUUCUCAUCCAGCAUUACUCAGCCGCCAUGAUGGCCGUAUGCGGCUUAUCACAGAUGAAGAAUCACACAUCGGUCGAGACUCUGGAGAUUAUACAGAACCUUCUCAACUCUCCAAAGCAAUGUCCGAGCGGCCAUGGAAUUAUGGUUCUGUUACGGAUCCCGUUUAUUCCGCUGGCCACAUUGGCGUACGAGCGCCUGUGCCAUGUCAGGGAACGGCUUGGUCUGCAGCAUUGUUUCGAAAUUAUACUGGGAAACGCCAGCUCUGCGGUCACAAUUGGAAAGCAUUUUGUUGAUCAGUUGAAGGUCUGGCAAAAGAGGGACGUCGAAGACUGGCAGCCAAAGACCUUCAUGGAACUGGAAGGCCUGCCGUGUAUACUGAUAUACAGUGGGAUGGAACCACUCGGGGAGUCUUUUCCAAGAUCACUGAGGUACUGCGACCUUCGCUUGGUACAGUUUUCCACGUGGGAAAGAACAAUGAUUGAACAAGAGCUUGGACUAGCCUCCUGCUUUAUCAAUACAACCAUGUCGUUGGAUAAAGGUAUAGGCAGGGGCGUCCAUGACGCCGAUCCAGAAAAACUAAGCAGCACCGACAUCGAAGACGAGGAGGUGGUGACUGAUGGUUCGAAUUAUGAAAAAACAAGCGUCAAUAAAAGACAGCGAUCUCACUCGCACGACUCCGCUUCUUCUUCUCUCUGUUCUAAGGCUUCAGGCUCGGCUCUCUGUAGCGAGGGGUCAUUUUCAGCAAUGGCUGAAGACACAGCAGAGGCGUCACAACAGUCUGUGUUCUCUAACCCCGAAGACAGUGCGACCAGUUUGGAGAGUCAGAAACCCACGGCAGAUAAAAGCACAAGAAAACCUUUCCCAUCAACAUGUGAACAUCUAGAUGGCAACAGCUUCAAUCAGACGGCAAAGAACCUACCCAGCUCCAUUUCGGUGUCGUCGUCGUCUUCAUCGACGUGCCUUCACAACGGACCUGCCCCGCAGAUAUCCCAGUGCUCCAUGGCCAAGAGCUGCAAACAGCCACCGGUGGUAUUUCUUCCUAAGCUGGUGUAUGACAUCAUUACCUCUACAGACAGCAGUGGACUGUCUAAGUCAUCCUCAUUCCUGCCCCACUGCGAUGUCGCCUGGGCCAGCUCUUUCAGGCCGUUAUUGAGUAAGAUGAUGACCAGUACAGAGCAGUCUUUAUAUUACCGUCAAUGGACGGUACCCAAAGAAAGCCACAUGGACUACAGCAAUGUCAAUGAAGGAAGAAUGGAUACCUUCCAUCCAAGGCGACUUCUGCUCAGCGGAGCACCACAGGUAGGAAAAACCGGAGCGUAUCUGCAGUUCCUCAGCAUCUUGUCCAGAAUGCUGAUCAGACUGACGGAGGUGGACGUCUACGAUGAGCAGGAGAUAAAUAUCAACUUCAGAGACCGGUCUGAUCUUGGCUUCCAUCAGACUUUGGAUAAAUGGCCUAAUGUGGAGACUAUGAGAAAAAUGGAUUUUGAUUACACUCUACACGAUCCAAAGUAUGAAGACGCAAGUGUCAUUUGUUCAAACGUUCAGAAUGUCAGCAAUGAAAAUAAACCAACAAACAGCAAAAAAGAAGAAAUAUAUGUUCGGCGGCCAACAACGCGAAUGAGAUUGUCCAAGUAUGCCUCAUACAACACGUACCAUCAUUGUGAACAGUGCCACCAAUACAUGGGUUACAAUCCCCGGUUUCAGAUGUAUGAGUCAACUCUACACGCCUUUGCGUUUUCAUACUCUAUGCUGGGGGAGGAAAUCCAGCUUCACUUCAUUAUACCAAAGUCCAAAGAACAUCAUUUCGUGUUCAGUCAACCAGGAGGCCAGCUGGAGAGCAUGAGGUUGCCACUUGUCUCAGACACGAGUGCAGAUUGCGUGAAAAGUCCCAUCUUUACCCCCACCACGGGCCGUCACGAGCAUGGCCUUUUUAAUCUCUACCAUGCUAUGGAUGGAAGCAGUCAUUUACAUAUUCUAGUUGUCAAAGAAUACGAGAUGGCGAUCUAUAAAAAGUACUGGCCGAACCACAUCAUGUUGGUCCUUCCGAGUAUCUUCAACAAUGCCGGAGUAGGGGCUGCCCAUUUCUUAAUUAAAGAGUUGUCGUAUCACAAUUUGGAGUUGGAGCGCAACAGACAAGGAGAACUGGGAGUCAGGCCCCAAGACAUCUGGCCUUUCGUAGUCAUUUGCGACGACUCCUGUGUAAUGUGGAACGCGGUGGAUGCUCAUGGGUCAGGCGAUCAAUCCAGAGAAUAUUCAUGGACUGAACGUAACGUUUCUUUAAAGUACAUCCUCCAACAUAUAGAAGCGUCGCAGGACGUCACGCAGUAUGCUUUGAUCGGCAUGCGCAAAUGGACAAGUAAAGCGAAAAGCGUACACCAGAAAGAGCCUUUCUCCCGCUGUCACCUUCAUGACUUCAUCCUACUCAACGUGGACCUGACUCACGAUGUACAGUACAACCAAAACAGGUUCACGUGUGAUGAUGUUGACUUUAAUCUCCGUGUGAAUAGCUCAGGGCUGCUGAUUUGUCGGUUCAACAGAUUUAGUGUAAUGAAGAAGCAAAUUGCAGUGGGCGGCCAUAAAUCAUUGCACAUAAAAUCAAAGGUACUGGACUCCUCUGUAUCUAUUUCCACGGCUCACUACAUAUGCGCUCCAGAUAGCAAACACACGAUCCUGGCUGCCCCAGCACAGCUCCUGCUGGAGAAGUUCCUCCAGUUCCACAGCCACCGGUUUUUCCCUCUAUCACUGAACAGCAGCCCCCAUCCGGUGCUCAUUGUGGAUUGCUACCUGAAUCUAGGACCCCAGAUAAGAGUGUGCUAUGUGAGUUCACGUCCUCACUCGGUCAACGUUAACUGCUCCGAGGUUAUAUUCAGCGGGCUUCUUCUGCAUCUGUGUGACUCCUUUGUCUCCGCCAGCUUUCUGAAAAAGUUCCAGUUCCUUAAAGAUGCUACUUUGUGCGUAACGUGCCAAGAUCGGAACUCGCUCCGCCAAACGGUUGUCCGUCUCGAGCUAGAGGACGAAUGGCAAUUUCGGCUGCGAGAUGAGUUUCAAACAGCCAAUGCCAAAGAAGACAAGCCGCUCUUUAUCUUGACCGGACGUCACGUGUAAAGAUGGAGAUUCAAGCAAAUGACAGUUUUGGACAGAGCGAUAAUAGUUUAUCUUCAUAUACAUUCCGUACAAAUUUUGGUGGAGAAUGAGAACAAUUCUUUCUGCGCUGGAUUCCAAUGGUACUAUUGCCAAAGACGGGAACCUCUUCAUCUGCCCAUUUGUUACAUACGAAUGGCGAUACUUGACAGUGGAUGUAUGGACCAAACGUUUACCUAUUUCUAGUUCGUCUUUUAUUUAAUAUAUUUGUAUAUAAUUUUG